AUGUUUCGCCAGUUGGCUAGACCAGCAAACAGCCGGUACAUGCGCACAUGGUUGGCCAGGUUGCAAUCCACCGUGGCCACCACCGAAUUGCCACCCGAAACAAUCAAGAUUGUGCCGUCUGUCGCCGACUUGACUCAACCUGACCAUGUCGCCAAAGACUUUGAAGGGUCCCUUGUGGCACAUUUACUUAAUCGAAACUUGGUGGAGUCGCUCACUUCUGACGAUUUGUACGCACUCACUGAGCCUGGUGCCCAGAAGUUGAAGUUGUACUGUGGAGCUGACCCCUCGGCUUCGUCGUUGCACUUGGGUAAUUUGUUGCCCUUGAUGGUUCUUCUCCACUUCACCUUGCGUGGCCACGAUGUGGUGGGACUAGUAGGAGGUGCCACUGGUGCUGUUGGAGACCCCAGUGGUCGUCAGACUGAGAGAGAUGAGAUGGACGCCAACCAGCGUGAGUCCAACGUAGAUAUCAUCCAGAAGCAGAUCCUGGACUUUUUAAAAGGUGGAAUUGAGUAUGCCAAGCUGAGAAACAUUGACGUUUCUCAGGAUGGAUCAAAAUUCGGCAAUGUGGAGAGUGUUAACAAUGCUGAAUGGUGGAAAGACAUUAAGUUGUUGGACUUUUUGGCAACUUAUGGUCGUCACAUUCGUGUGUCGCAAAUGCUUGCAAGAGACUCCAUUCUGUCUCGAUUGGAGUCACAGCUGGGCAUAGGCUUCAACGAGUUCACCUACCAGAUUCUUCAGGCUUACGACUUCUGGCACUUGUUCAAGAAUAGAGGUGUUAAUAUCCAGGUGGGAGGAAACGACCAAUGGGGCAACAUUACUGCCGGAACAGACUUGAUCUCGAGGAUUCAACGUCAUUUUGGUGGUAUUUAUAAGGACAAUAAGGAGGCUCCAGCUUACGGUAUGACGGUUCCGCUUUUGACCACACCUUCAGGCCAGAAGUUUGGCAAGUCUGCUGGUAACGCCGUUUUCAUCAGCUCCAAAUUGACCACACCAUUCCAGAUGUUCCAGUUUUUCAUCAACGCACAAGAUGAGAUGGUUGCCAAGCUCUUGAAAGUGCUCACCUUAAUUCCUCUUGAUGUCAUUGAGGGGACCAUCUUGCCUCAGCAUAGCGAGGAUCCUGGUUUGAGAAUCGCUCAACGUAUUCUUGCUAGAGAGGUUGUAGAUUUGAUCCAUGGACCUGGUAUCGGAGACGAAAUGGCAUACAUUACCAGUUUCUUGUUCCCUACGCCAGAUCAACCAUUUGAUGACGAGAUCACUGCCUCCAAGUUGAUAUCGAAAUUUAGCAAGUCUGGAAUCAUGCAGACAGUUAGCCUUAGCCAGUUUCCCGAUGCCAACGACAUCAAGAUGAGCACAUUACUCUCUGUGAUUUUUGAUAAGUCGAAGAACGAAACCAAGAACCUCAUUAAGGCCGGAGGUGUGUACUUCGGUAUUGACAGAGACCAAUUUGUUGAUCCAGAUGACGUGGUGUUGUUCGACAGAACAAACCAUUUGAUUGACGGCCAGUUACUUCUUGUCAGAGCUGGUAAGCAGAAAUACCAUGUGGUCAACAUCACCGACUAG